AUGUCUACCGAAUUCGAGACCCCCUCCAAGGUCGCCGCCUCCGCCCUCUCCACCAUCUCCCUCAACACCGUCAAGGACGUCACACCCGCGUCCGACGUUCUGGCCAAGCUCAAGGCUGCCGCUGCCGAGGCACAGGCCGCAAAGCCUGUCGUCGAGGAGGUCAAGGUCGCAGAGCCCCUCGAGGAGUACCGCACGCGCUUCGUCGGCGACCUCGAGUGUGAGGAGAAGGAUGAGCCUCUCCUCCAGGAGUCCAACAGCCGUUUCGUUCUCUUCCCCAUCAAGUACCGCGAGAUCUGGCAAAUGUACAAGCAGGCUCAGGCUUCCUUCUGGACUGCCGAGGAGAUCAACCUCGCCCCCGAUCUCCACGACUGGGAGAACAAGCUCAACGACAACGAGCGGUACUUCAUUGAGCACGUCCUUGCCUUCUUCGCUGCUUCCGACGGUAUCGUCAACGAGAACCUCGUCGAGCGGUUCUCGGCCGAGAUCCAGGCUCCCGAGGCCAAGUGCUUCUACGGUUUCCAGAUCAUGAUGGAGAACAUCCACUCCGAGACCUACUCCCUCCUCAUCGACACCUACAUCAAGGACCCCGCACGCCGCACCUACCUCUUUGGCGCCAUCGAGACCAUCCCCUGUAUCAAGAAGAAGGCCGACUGGGCGCUCAAGUGGAUCACCGACACCCGCUCCACCUUCGCCGAACGCCUCAUCGCCUUUGCCGCCGUCGAGGGUAUCUUCUUCUCGGGGUCGUUCGCCUCCAUCUUCUGGCUCAAGAAGCGCGGUCUCAUGCCCGGACUCACCUUCUCCAACGAGCUCAUCUCGCGUGAUGAGGGUCUCCACACCGACUUUGCCUGCCUCCUCUUCUCUCAUCUCCGCAGACGGCCCCACCCCGAGACCAUCAACAAGAUCAUCAAGGAGGCGGUCAAGAUUGAGCAGGAGUUCCUCACCGAUGCCCUCCCAUGCUCCCUCAUCGGCAUGAACUCCAAGCUCAUGUGCCAAUACAUUGAGUUUGUCGCCGACCGUCUCCUCGUCUCUCUCGGUAACGAGAAGGUCUGGAACUCUUCCAACCCCUUCGACUUCAUGGAGAUGAUCUCCCUCCAGGGCAAGGCCAACUUCUUCGAGUCACGCGUAUCCGCCUACUCCAAAUCCGGUGUCAACCAGUCGGUCGGUUCAUCAACAGAUCACCAGGCAGUCAAGAAGGGCUUCUCUCUCGACGAGGACUUCUGA